UUCAGGAAAAAAGCUGCAUUACUAGACUCAAAGUUAGAUAUGAUGCUAAGUUUUCACGUUCCUAUGAGUUCUACCAGUGUUUACGAUAAGCUACGCUUAUUUUUGGCUCAGGGGAAACCACUCAGCAAAUUUCGUGAAGAAAUAAAGCAGUACGAUUUUUCGUUGAAGUGUAACGCUGUAUGGUCAUCGGAUGCUAUUGCGUACCGCUGCAACACUUGUGCUUACAACCCUUGUAUGUCUUUGUGUCUGGAAUGCUUUCAAAAUGCUAAUCAUGAGGGUCAUGAUUUCAAUCGUUUUUUUUCUCAGGCAGGCGGGGCGUGUGAUUGUGGUAACUCUGAAGUUCUUCGGGAAUCUGGUUUCUGUUCACGCCACGGGCGUAAUGCUAAGCGGCCUCCUGUACCGUCAGCAAAUGUAGUGUCACUUGCUGAAUUUGUUAUUCCUAAAUUAUUUGUUCGUCUAUUCUUACAUUUUCGCGGCUGGGUAUAUAUAAUGCUAAGUUUUCUUAAAUUACCUAUAUUGGAUCUAGUGGAUUACGGAGGUCCUCUUCGUGAUGCCGUAGCGAGAACACUUUUGGAUAGUGAGAUUUAUGAGGCGUUGACUUCAAGAACUUCUGGGGAAGACUUAAUUGAUUUUUCGUUGGAUUGGCGUUCAAGGAAGGAACUUGAAGACGAUGCGAAAAAUUUCUGCAGUGUUCAUGGUUUUCCUCACACUGAUAUUGGUUUUUCCAAUAUGUUGGAUGAACUUGUAUUUUAUUUAGUGCGUCUUCUUUUUCCGCAAUCCCUUAUCAACCUUUGCUUAAGUAUGCUUUCGGAUAUCGAUUACAGAAAUCAUUUUGCUUCACGCUUUUUUUUCCUCUAUCCAAGGAUUGCCGAGAUGAUGGUCGAUUUAGCAAAAACUGAAAGGAAUUCUGUUAUAUAUGCAGUUUCUAUAUUAUCAAGCGAGGCUAUGUGCUUGAAGCUAGAUGACGAUAUUGGACUUGUACAUAUCAUAGUAGUCAGCACCGAAGGGCUACUUAGUGUCGAUAAAGCAACUUUCUAUUCGAGCGUUGCAUCACUGCGGUUUAGAGAAGCUGGACCGAAAUGGCAAGUUUACUCUCUAGACAAUAAUAAGCCACUUCGGAAGCACGCAUAUUGGACUCUAGUUAGCGACAUGCAAAAUCUGCUGGCCCACCCAUCUGUUGCUCGAAGAUUUUUGCGUAGUGUGGCAACACUGGAGUCUUAUGCUUCUAUAAUCUCUAGGAUGCAAGAAUUUUCACUCGCUAGCAAACAGUUUAUAUUAUUACAGCUUUCCUUUCAUCUUGAGUGGGAAGUUUCUGCUAAAAAUAUGUUCAACGCUUUGUAUGCCUUAACUGACGAAGUGGACUGUAUGGUGGACUGGCUCAUUUCGAUAGGUAUGGGCGACGAUGACUUGUCCACCCCACCAUACGUAAUAACAUACCAUCUUGCUUUACAUCGUCAUUUGGCUGCGGGCAUUGAAUGCUGUUUGAGGCAACAGGCUUUCCGCCAUCUCCUCAGCUCUAUAUUACUGAAUGACGAACAGUUUUUAAGAAAGAUCUCAUUACAUCCUAUGAGAAUCCAGGUUUGUCGAGCAGAAACUGCUGCUGGAAUGUGGGCGCGAAACGGAAAUGCUGCUCGAAAUAUGUCGUUUUAUUACGCGCAAACGAAUUAUAAUACUGCGUUUCUCGACUUUAUUGAUUUGAUUUCCAACUUUUACAGAUUUAUUGCUACCAGUUGUGACCCUGUCUGGUUCUUUGAUGCCCUUGCAGCUUCAUUCUUUUUGGAUGAAUGUUUAAAGGGGAAUUUGACAAGGAAAGAGUGGUGUGUGUCCCUUAUUGAGGGAUUUAACAAGCUAUUCCUUGUGGGUUUAAGAAGCUUAUUAAUAGUUUUUUUAAAUCGUAGAUUGAUCAUUGAAUUGAUUGCAAUAAGAUGGAAUGUUGGCGGAGAAGAAUUAGAAAGCAUUGAGAAAGAAAUAGUAGCUGCUUUGGCGAUAAGUGAUCUAACGCACUCAAAACUGCGAGGCUCAAUUCCUGAACAAGGAAACCGGAGUAACGCGAUUGAUGAUCAUAUGGACGAACUUCUUUCAAAGGUUUGUUUACAAUGCCUUUUAGUACUUCUUUUUGACGCCUUAAAAGUGUUUUAUGUUUUUCACUGUUAA